AUGGGCGUUAGUGCGAAUUUAUUCGUGAAGCAGAGAGGUUCGACAACUGCUUUGAAGCAGCCAAAAGAAAUAGGAUUUUAUUCAAGGACUAAGGAUGAAGAAUAUUUAAUUAGCGACGACACAAAUUUGAAUUACUACUAUCUCCCAGACGCUGAAUUGGACAGAAAGUUAGACCUCUCGGCUGGUUUCCAGAAAUUUAAGGACUAUUACAAUGAUUUUGAAGAUAGAUGUUCCUUACGUGGGCUGUUAGAAACUAUAGAAAGCUCUGAAAGGCACAAGGGGAAAAAAAUCAAUGCUGAUGUUAUCACUUUUAGGGGGAUCGCAAGGAAAUUGAUUUCAUGUGCAUUUGACUCCCCAUCUUUUAACACUGUGAAUCUUCGUGUCGUUUCAUUCAACGGACAGCUUUUCAUCAAGGAAGUGUCUGAAGCCAUCGGUGCAUCUAAGACAUCCUCUACAGUUAGCGCCGGGAAUAAUAUUAAUCAAGAUUUGAGUGCAUUUACCGGGUACAAGUUUGAAACUUUGGCUACACUUUCUAACCCGCUGCAGUAUACACCUCGUGAAGUAAUAGAGAAAAGGACUAAAAGGAUUGUGUCGCAUGGCGAUGAAUACAUCAGCGUUGUGAGAACUGGUGUAGGUAGCUGCAAAUUAAUUCUUGGUGCGGAGGUAGAUUGCAUAUUUGAUUUCAAGGAAAACGGCAGAGACAAUUUGAAACAUUAUGCUGAAUUGAAAUGUACAAAACAAGUUAUGAAUGCGUCUGACACUCAUAAGUUUGAGCGCAAGCUGUUUAGAACUUGGCUGCAAUGCUUUUUGGUCGGUAUCCCAAGGAUCAUAUAUGGAUUUAAAGACGACCAUUAUGUGUUAAAGACUGUAGAAGAAUUUUCAACAGAAGAGGUGCCGGUGUUAUUGAAGAAUAAUAACCCACAAAUGGGGAGCGCAUGUCUAGAGGCGAUUAAGUGGUAUGGUCUCCUCACUGAAUGGCUUUUGAAGAUGAUUCCAAGAGAUGAAGAUCCACAUGCUCAAAUAAGAGCGUUUAAGUUGGUCUUCGAAAACAACCAUUUGAGGUUGUCCGAAAUUGAAGAAAAUGAUGAUGAGUAUUCGAAUUUGGUUAUUGGUGAACAUAUAUUAACCAAUGGGUUCAAGGAAUGGAGAAAAUCACUGAAGUAA